AUGGCUUUCGCAGCUCUUCGUAACUCUAUCCCUUCACCGACUCGCCUGGUCCGUUCUACAAUGUCGUUCUCACAACAAGCGCGCCAGCAAUUCCAGAGUCGCCCUUACUCCUUUGCUUCAUACCUGGUAACUCCUAAAGAGUUGGACACUGCCUUGAAAAAGAACCCAGCGACAAAGAUCUCGACCGCCCCACGCGUAGUCCCUCUAUGCGCCGCCUGGUUCAUGCCGAAUGACCCCGAGGGUCGCAAAGGUAUCGACAUUUUUCGCAACCACCGCAUCCCCGGAGCUCGUUUCUUCGACCUCGAUGCUGUCAAAGACCAUGAAUCUCCGUACCCGCACAUGCUUCCCACCGCCGAAACAUUCGCAGAAGCCAUGAGCGAGCUGGGGAUUCGCCGGGACGACGAAGUGGUGGUCUACGACUCCGCGGAGGUCGGCAUCUUCAGCGCGCCUCGUGUUGGCUGGACCCUUCGAGUCUUCGGACACCCGCGGGUUCAUGUUCUGAACAACUACAAACUGUGGGUUGCUGAGGGUUUCCCCACGGAGACCGGAGAGCCACAGCAGCCGGAGAAGACCAACUACCCUGUCCCCACGUACGACUCGAAGCUGGUGAUCCCGUACCGGGAGCUGAAAGAGAUCGCCAAGGAACACAGAAAGGAAGGUGCGAAAGAAGUGGAGAUCCUUGAUGCACGGUCCUAUGGCCGCUGGGCGGGCACCGACCCUGAACCGCGCCCGGGCUUGUCUUCAGGGCACAUCCCGGGCUCCAAGAGCCUUCCGUUCCAGGAGUUGCUGGACCCCGAAACCAAGACGUUCCUGCCCGGGCCCGAGCUGCGCAAGAUUUUCGAGAGCAAGGACAUCGACACGAGCAAGUCUAUUAUCAGCUCGUGCGGCACCGGUGUAACGGCGACUAUCAUCGAGACGGCAUUGGCUGAGGCGGAAUACGGCGAGCCAAACCUUCGGAGGGUUUACGAUGGGAGCUGGACUGAAUGGGCACAACGUGUUAAGCCCGAAGAAGACUUCAACGCGACCUGUUCUGUCGAUCGCCUCAGGGCAAUUAUGACGACCGGACGCAAGGUCUUCCACUGCGCCGUGGAUGAGACGGCGUUAACCACCAAUAUCAGCGAAAUCAAAAAAUGGACGACCAACGGGGCCAUCACUCUGAUCGUGCCUCUGUACACCCUUGAACGCCUCCAUGCACUGAAGAGAGCCGGGUCGCAGGUCGCCAUCAAUGCCCGCGAGGCUGUCCGUUUCCUCGACCGGGUCACUUCCGGUAAGGACAACAUCUCUUCCGAACGGGUGGCUUUGCAGGGUCCCAUGGAGCAGUACGAGAACUGGACGGAGGCAGAGAAGUUCUUCCUGCCCGAGUUCGAGGAGGGUCCGGAGGCGAUCGACGGACUCGUCUCAGACGGCCCGACGGCGCACCCGGACGAAAAGGGCAAACCACCCAAGAAGAACGGCGCCUCCCCGGAUGACCUCUCUCAGAUGCUACUCAGCAAGUUGAACUUCAAAAAGGAACUCGAUGCAGUCUCGAACACGUCCAACGGCACCCACAGUGCCCCCUCUCGCCCGUCUUCUCGGAGCUCUCGGACCAGCCCCGAAUGUGCAAACUCGCAGGUGAUAACCAACGAAGGAGGAUCCAAGGAUAACAAGACGAAGCGCGCCGAGGGACAUCGCCGUUCUGCGUCUGGGUCGGCCAUCCCCACGGUCCCGCCUGUGCUCCGGCCGCUGCUCAGCGCGCUACUGUGGCGACUACACCAAGGGCCCGAUGCUUCGAACGCCGCCAAGACUUGUAUUCUGAUCACGAACGAUCCACAGACCCAGCUCUGGGCCCAGAAAUUCGGCAUUGGGGUCAAGAACAUUCAUCAGCUGCGAACAUCGAUUCAAUACGAAGAGCGAGAGUACAAAAACCGAUGCAAAUAUGUCGAGAAGACUCAGGCGACGACCAGCGAACCGAAAUCGCUUCUUUCCUACGAGGAUGAGAGCGACGAAGACGAGCUCGUUUUCGUUCCUCGUGGCGGUCGGGGCAAGGGAGCGUCGCGCGGCGGCGGCUCUCGUGGGGUCAACAGUCGCAAGACGCCUGUCGUCAAAAGCGUUGCCCCGCCUGUCGAGGCGACCAUAGAGAUCCCUACUCAACCCAUCGACCCAAAUUCGUUCAGUCGUUCUCUUGGUCCCACCAAGCAGACGCCGACGGUCGACCUGAGCACUCAGUCGGGAGCCGCACGGGGCAUCGCGGGUGCGUCUCGGAACCAUGCUAACAACCGCCGAGGAGCCUCCCGAGGCCCGACUCGUGGUAGUGGUAACAGCCGGGGUCGUGGAAAACUCUGGGUUCCUUGA